CAGGCACUGCAAAGUCACCCACCAGGGGAACAUCCCAGUGAAAUGGACAUGCAAGACUUGUCACAAACAUUUGUCCUCGCGCAAAUCCUGGUUCAUCCAUCAACGGCUACACACUGGCGAACGUCCCUAUACGUGUCACAUUUGUGGCAAAGGCUUCAUUACCAGCCACACGCUUAUGAAACACAUGGUAAUACAUCAGGCUGUGCGACCCUACACGUGUCACACGUGUGGCAAAGGCUUCAACCAGAAGGCUUCUCUGCAACGUCAUGAGAAGACACACUGUCAGUCACAGUCAGAGUGGGGCUGCGGAUUUUGUCCCAAAACGUUUCAGUUGAGACAUAGUUUAGAAGCCCAUGAGAAGCUACAUAACGGAGUGAAGCCUUUCAAAUGUAAGUAUUGUUCUAGUGCAUUCCACACUGUGCGUGCUUUGAAGCAACAUAGAAGAGUACACUCAAUAGAACAGCCUCGCUCUUGUGUUCCGUGUCAAAAAACCUUCCCCAACAACGAGAUCUUUCUAGAACACACGAAAAGCCACAACAAAUCUCGUAUUCACUGUAAAGCUAACAUCCCCAACAAUGAUUCACUUCUAGAACACAUAAAACUCCAUGACCGUUCUUGUAUACACAGUAAAACAACCUCUCCCAACAAUGAUUCACUACUAGAACACAUGAAACUCCAUGAAAGUUCUUGUAUACACAGUAAAACAACCCUUCCAAACAAUGAUUCACCACUAGAACAUAUGAAACUCGAUAACAGUCCUUUACACUGUAAAACAACCUUCCCCAACAAUGAUUCACUUUUAAAACACAAAAAACUCCACCGUUAUCUUUGUAAACAUUGUGAAAAAUCCUUCCCCAACCACGAUUCCCUUCUAGAACACAUGUCAAUCCAUAGCCAACCACCCACCCUUAAAUGUCCCGUCUGUCCAAUGAGUUUCAAUAUGAGAAUCACCCUAAGGAAGCAUAUCAGAGUGCAUGUUAUGAGGGGAAAUGUGAGGUUUUGUAAUUUGUGUCAGUUGGUAUUGCACAGUAAACAGGAGACGAUUGCUCAUUUCGAUAAACAUAUCAAGGUGGCGGUGGGGAAUAAAGUUGAUGAUGUUUUUGGAAAACCUGAGGAAGAUGUGUGUGGUUUGAAGGUUGAGGAUAAAGUGGGGGAUAACUUGGAGCGAGAGGGUGAAUGUGACAUCAGAAAAGAUGGGAUUCAUUGUGAACAUGAUGUGAAUUUUCUCGAAAAUUGUGAACUUGAGAACUCAAGAGUCGUGAUGAACGAUUGUGAUCUGAAGGUAGAAAAUGGAUGCUUAAAAAAGCAUGAUGAAGUUAGGGUUAAUUGUGAAAAUGACGAGAAGUUUCAUGAAAAUAUAAAGAUAGAAGUGCCAAGAGAUAUGGGAGAUGUGGACUUGGAGGAAGAAAGUAGAUGUAUCGGAAAAACAGAUGAAUAUGUGGUUGAAAUUUAUAAUGGAUAUAAUGCGGAUUGUUUUGAAGAAUGUAUAAGUGAAGUGCCAGGAGAUGUGAGGGAAGGUUUGAACUUUGAAGAAGAAUAUGUUUGUGAUACGAGAGUAAAAGACGAAGUUGUAUUUGAAACUGACCAUGAAGAAAUUGUUGAUUCUUUUCAAGAUUGUAAAAGUGAAGUGCCAAUAGAUGUAAUGGAAGUUAUGAACUUCGAAGAAGUAAAUGAUUGUACUACGAGAAUUAAAGAUGAAGUUGUGAUUGUAACUGACACUAAAGAAAAUGAAGAUAUCUUCCAAGAUUUCAAGAUGGAAGUGCCAGGAGAUGUAGUGGAAGUUAUGAACUUUGAAGAAGUAAAUCAUUGUACUACAAGAAUAAAAGAUGAAGUUGUGGUUGAAACUGAUAAUAAAGAAAAUGUAGAUUGUUUUCAAGAUUUUAAGGUAGAAGUGCCAGGAGAUGUAAUGCGAGAUUUGGAGUUGGAAGGAGUAAAUGAGUGCAUGAGAAAGGAAGAUAAAAAUGAGGAUAUGAUGCAUAAUGAAGAUAAUUUGAGUUUUUCCAAUGAAUGUAGAAAAGAAGUAACGGAAGAAGUGAUAUAUUUGGGGGAGAAUACAAUCAAGUUGGAAAAUAACUCCGAUAGUUCCACGGGCACUCUCAUGAAUAAUCCAAAAGAUAUAUUUGAUGACUUUGAAAAUAAUGUCUACAAUGCAUUUGGUAAUGGAGAGGUAAACAGACAUAGCAGAGACUUCAAGAAGAAUGAGUACAAUGUGUCAAUUAAUUGUGAUAAUUCAAAUUUGUCUGAAGUGUCUUCAAUUGAAAUUUCUAGUACAACGAUGACUGUAGAGGAUAAUCGGAAUAAAAUGAUUGAUUGUGAACAAAAUACAGCAAAAUCGACAGAUGUUAUCUACAAAAAAACGACAAUAAUUAAUCAUGAUGAAAAUGCUAAUCACUCUAUAGUUUACAAGACAGGUGAAUGUGACAAUAAUACACCGAUUUUAUCAGAAACGAACUACAUUAAUCCAAGUAAUGAUGCCAAAUAUUCCAUAGUGUUAGUAAGAUUAGUACCAGUACUAGAGAAAUCGUUGGAUAAAAAAUGUGAAAAUGAUGUCAAUUAUUGUAUAGAGCAAUCAAAAAUAAUACCAGGUGUAGUGAAAUGGAAACCUUUUGAUAAAAAUCUUAUCACAGGUGAUAAUUCUUUACUUAACAUAGUUAAAAAUGGGGCGAACAAUAGUACAAUACAAAACAGUGUGAGAAAACAGGAUAUCAAUAGUACGGUAGUUACAAAAAGUGUGAGACAAAAGACAGAUAAAAAUAGUAGGAAGAAAGAGGUGAAGAAAUUGAAAAGAGAUCAUAUGAGAACUUAUACAUCUAAUAAGGCACAAAGUUAUGAGAAGUCCGAACAAUCUAUUUGUGAUGUAGGAAUUAAAGAGGAUAAGAAGGAAUGUAGGGUUUUGAAAGAGGAUUAUAAUUACUUGAUUAGUAAAGAUAAGGUUGUGGAAGGUAGUAUGCAGGUAGAAGGAGGUUCAAAUGGAUUGAGGUAUGGACAGGGAGGAAUUGGAGAAGCUUCAAAUAGACUAGGGAUUAGACAGGGAGGAAUUGGAGAAGCUUCAAAUAGACUAGGGAUUAGACAAGGAGGAAUUGGAGAAGCUUCAAAUAGGCUAGUGAAUAGACAGGGAGGAAUAGGAUUAGCUUCAAAUCAACAAGGAACUAUACAGGGAGUAAUGGGAGAAGCCUCAAAUAAACUAGGGGUUGGACUGGGAGAAAUAGAAGCUUCAAAUAGACUAAGGGAGGGUCAGGUUUUCAUAAGAGAAGCUUCAAAUGGACUAGGAAUUCAACAAAUAAAGGAAGAAGCUUCAAAUAGAUUAAGAAAGAGUCAGAUUUCUAUGCGAGAAGCUUUAAACGGACUAGGAAUUCAUGAAGUAAAUAAAGGAGCUUCGAAUGAAUCUUGGGAGAAACAGGGAGUAACGGAAGAACCUUCAAAUGUACUAGGAAUUGGACAAGGAGUAUUUUCAGAUGGACUAGGAAUUCAACAAGUAAAGGAAGAUCCUUUAAAUGGACUAGGAAUUGGACAGGGAGUAGCUUCAAUUGGACUAGAGGAAGCAAUUAAGGGUCUUAGUGAAACAGUUCUUCAAGAUACAAAUUACAUUGAGAAUGAUUCCGGUUUCAGUAGUUUGGAGGCACUGUGUAACGUGGCAGCCUCCGCUGCAAAAUACCUGAAAUGGGACUCAGUUCGGAGUAAAAGAUCACCGAAAAAGAAAAACCAAUGUCUGAACGAAAUCAGAUUCUACUGUAAAACUUGCAACAGAUCAUACCCAUCAAGCCGAGACUUCCGGAAACAUAGAUGCUCGUUGAGUAGUGUGAACAAUAGAUGGGCGGGGAUCAUAGAGAGUGGAGGCUUGUUUACAUGUGAGGAGUGUAAGCGGAAUUUCCGGUCGAAGAAUGGGUAUCUGAUACAUAGGAGGAGUCACACAGGGGAGAGACCGUACGCGUGUCGAUGGUGCGAGAAAGCGUUCGGCGAUUCGGGAACACGUCACAAACAUGAACGUAUCCACACCGGCGAACGUCCGUUCCAGUGCGAGCAAUGUCCGCGUGCGUUCAACCAACGCGCGGCGCUUCGAGCGCAUCAAAUCACUCACUCGUCCUGUCUCACACGUUCCUUCACCUGCAAACUGUGCCCUUCGUCCUUCUCCUACUUCGCCAAUCUUAGACGUCACGUGAUCGUGUGCCACAGAGAGUACACCGCCAUACCUUGUCCACUGUGCACCCUACCUAAAACACUCCACUAUGACAACACUGCCCUCGUGCAGCAUGUGAAAAGUGUUCAUUGGGAGGAUGGAACAAAAUGUUUGAUUUGUGAUCAAAAGCAGUUUGACGAUGUGAACGAGUAUUGUAGUCAUGUCAUCAGUCAUGUUAAACGUGCUAGAAAUGCGGGUGGAGUGAGGCUGAAUAAUAAUUUUAUUAAACAGGAAGGCGAUGUUAGUUUGGUGUAAAGAUUAUAUUCUAAAGAUCUACAAUUUCUAUUGUAAAUGACAUGUUCCAUGUUUGAUAUUCUCUUUUUUCAGGGCUUCUGAUUAUUAAAGCACGAUAAAAAAAUAUCAAUUACCCCUUUUUUCAUUACAACACUUGAAAAUAUCUCUUGAAGAGUUGAAACUAGUAUUUUUGUGUUGCAAUGAAAUAAAGGGUACUUGAUAAUUUUUAUCGUGUUCCAUGGUUGAUGUACGUUUGGUGUAAAGUCUAUAUUGUAAAGAUCUACAACUUUUGUUGUAAAGAGUUUACAAUAGUCGAUGUUAGUUUGAUGUAAAGUUUUCAUUCUACAGAUCUCCAUUUUUUAUUGUAAAGAGUAUACAAUAGUUGUAUGUUUAGUGUAAAAAUCUAUAUUGUGAAUAUCUACAACUUUUGUUGUGAAUAGUUUACAAUAGUCGAUAUUAGUAUGAUGUAAAGCUACUAUUCUAAAGAUCUACUAUGUCUAUUAAUUGUAAAGAGUAUUCCAUGCUUGAUUUACGUUUGGUGUAAAGUUUAUAUUAUAAACGUCUUCAACUUUUGUUGUGAACAGUUUGCAAUAAUCAAUGCUAUUAUGUGUUAAGUUUAUAUUCCGAAGGUCUACAAUUUCUAUUGUAAAAAAUAUACAAUGGUUGAUGUACGUUUGGUGUAAAGUCUAUAUUGUGAACAUACAACUUCUGUUGUGAUGAGUUUACAAUAGUCGAUGUUCGAUUGGUGUAAGGGUGCGGCAGCUUAGAGAGCUAUCUGCCAUGUGCGAUCCUGUAGGUGGUUUCUAUAUCUACUAUAUAAUUAUAAGAUUAUGCGAUCUAGAUAUCACAUGGGUUCCUAUGUUUAUAUCUAGAAUAUCGGGGACCGAGCUUCGCUCUGGAGUACAACAGCAUAAAAAAUGUAUUACGAAAGAAGAAAUUAUAAUAACAUUCAUACAGAAAUGUUCUAUCGAAUCACAGUAAAUUGAGAUUAAUUCCAAGAGGAAUGCAAAAAUUUCCCCUCACAAAGGCCCAGUUGCACAAAAGCGGGUUAAAUUUUAAUCCUGAUUAACUUCACGUGAACCAAAUCAGAGAAGACCAUUUCAAAAAGAUGGAUGUACUGGAAUUAAUCAGGAUUGAAAAUAACCCGGCUUGUUUGCAACCGUCACUAAGUACCUCAUUGAAUGAGUACAAAAGUUCAACAGCUGAGUCAUAAUUUUGACACAGUCCCACACGCAUGAGCUCGCGCUCACUCAUUUCCAUCACCAACUGACGUCGAAAUAAUAUUAUUAUCAGUUGUUUUCCCAAGGAUGAAUAAUAAUUUUCCUUUUAAUGUCUUUCAGCGAGUUUUCUUAGGGAUGAGACCUAGUGCAAUCGAACCCUUAUAUUAUAAAACUACUAUGUUCUGAAUUUCGUGAGAAUCGUUAGAGCCGUUUUCGAGAUCCGGUGCAAUACAAACAUAUAAACAUCUAAACAUUCAGGAUCGCAGAUGGCAAAUCGCUCUCUUUAUGGUUCCACUCUAAAGUUUUUAUCAUUAAAAAAUGUAUAAUAGUUGAUGCUAUUUUGGUGUAAAAUUUAUAUUGUGAAACAUUUAAAGUGAAGAAUUUGCUAUGUAAGUUUGGAGUAAAGCUUUUAUUGUGAAGAAUUUACAAAUUCAAUUCUGAAGAAUUUACAAUGGUUAAUGUAAGAUGUUUACUUGGUGUAGAAGAAUUUGCAAUGUAAGUUUGGAGUAAAGCUUUUAUUGUAAAGAAUUUACAAAUUAAAUUCUAAAGAAUUUACAAUGUUUAGUGUAAGGUGUAAAAUUUCUAUUGUAAAGGAUUUUAGGUCUCUUCACACCUAGCGUAGCGUAGCUUCGGAAGACGUAGCCGUACUAUCUCCCAAUGUUGAUCAGUUUGUCCAUUCCACACCAGCGUAGCGUAGAUUUAAUAACAGGAGAUAGGACGACUACUUCUUCCGAAGGCGUAUUUCUAGCUACGACAGGUGUGAAGAGACCUUUACAAUUUCCAUUGUGAAGAAUUUACAAUAGUCGAUGUUAUUUUGGUGUAAAAUUUUUAUAAAGCUGUUGAUAUUUUUCUGUGUAGCUGUUGGGUUGAUAUUGUGGUGGAUAUAUGUGGUUCCAUAUUGAAUGAAUAGACUUAAAGUUUAUUACUUCCACUUAAUUUAUAUUAUAUAGUAAUUUUGAUUAUCCUACCUAAACCAUCUAAAAAUCUUGAUAAUCGGAUAAUACAAAAGUGAUAAACCAGGUUUGAAAACUGAAAAAAAUUUAACAUUGAAAACUUGUAAAAUACAACUCAUUUGACCAAAUUAAAUUAGUAAUCGCUCUACAUAUUUGAACCUGGGUCGAAAGUUGGUGAUCGUCUUUCGUUUAUAGUUGAGAGUGUCGGAAAACACAGAAAUAAAAGGUCAGAUAAUUGAGAUUUUACUGUAUUUAUUGAAAAAAUUUCUUGAGAGACUAGUCUCGGUUAUGACACCAUUAAAUCUUGUUAACUGUAGUAAAUGAACACAGAGAGCCAACGGAGUUUAUAAACAGGUUAUAGAUACAAUUUUUUUACUUUUUUAAUAAAAUAGUGAUAACCCUCAACAGUUUACUCAAGAUUGGUGAUGGUAAACCAACUGAAACUAGUCCUUCGCUAACUAACUUAAUAGUUGCUGAAUAAAUACUAAAUAACUGAGUAGUAACUACUCACAACUGUUGUGACAACUUCAAAGUUUUCGAUUUGAUGUUAGUUGGUCAAGUUAGUUGUUUUUUAUUUAUCAUUCAUCCCAUCAUCAUCACCUAGGCUUAAAAUACUUCUAGAAAGUCGCCUUUGUAUAAUAAUAAUAAAUAAAUACAAGUAAAAACCCAAUUGAGAUAAAAAAACCCACUAUGUUUUAUAAAUACAUUAUUUAUUAACUCUUUGAUAUAAUAGAAUAUCGGAAAAUCAUCAUCGCAAUGAAUUUAAGUUGAUUCUUGAAAUUUUUAUCAUCAAUUAAUUUUUUAUGAUAAACUUAGGGCCAAGCCACAUAAAGAGGUUUUCAGACGAGUUGGCAGGGCAGAACGCUCUCCGAUUGGCUGAUUAUCAGCUGAUUCCCGAAUGCCAACCCAAUCAGCCAAUCGGAGAGCGUCCUGCCCUGCCAACUCGCCUGAAAAACGCUUUAUGUGGCUUGCCCCUCAUUGUAAGGGAUCAUGUUCACUGUUAUGAUGAAAUAUUUUUAUCAUUUUUAUUUAAUUUUAUAGCGUCAGAUAUUGAUACUCUGAAAGCGUCUUUACACAAUACGGUUUAUCUGAAGGAGCCCGGUCUCAAGAAACAUCUCAAGGGAGGGAAAACUUUCCACAGAUUUCUUGAUUCACAUGUCGAGAUUUUCUUGGAGAUAGCUUUUCCUUCCAAUUCAUCGUUACAUGUGGAGACGCCUUGAAACUGAUUCCAUCUUCUAGUCAUCUUCCAUGAAGUAAAUAUAGUAGUUUGCCGUAUUUUUCAAAUUAUUUUAUUUUAUAACGUAAUUUCCAAUCAUUUUUCAUGCAUUUUAUUAUUCAAUUACGAAUGAUCUGAUAUUAUUAUUAGUUCCACCUUUUGAAUCAGAUGU